AGCGCGCUGGCGCACCUCCACGCACACACAUUCGUAGAGUGGAGCCUAAACUCAGUCAGGACAGAGGUCCGCUUUUAGACAACUUUCCAACUUUAAGAAGCUUUAAGGGACCAGCACUCUGAGGAAUACAGUUUCUUUGCAGUUGCCUUUUUGCACACAAUGGAGGAGUGAACUAUUUACUUUUCUUCAAAUGGGAAUAAAAUGCGCGCGUGAAACUUUGGCUAACUUUUCUCCUCAGUGAUUGUCAGACCCGUUUCGCUCGAAACAUGCCGGAGCGAAUAAGCAUUUCGGACUUCGUGGUCCUGACAAACGAGGAUUUGUCUUCGCCGGGGACUUCAAGUUUUCAGUCCAAAAUGAGCGACUGUCGGACCACAGUUUCAACCGUGGAGGAGUCUCUGGAGAUGGACCUCUCAGCUCUACAGAGGAUGAAGAAGAUGAUCAAAGCUAUACACACUUCUGGACUCUCCCAUGUGGACAACAAGGAGCAGUAUGUUGAGGUGCUGGAGAACCUGGGGAAUAGCCACCUGACCCAGGACAACAGCGAAGUCUCCACAGGCUUCCUUAACCUGGCUGUGUUCACCAGAGAGGUCACAGCCCUCUUCAAAAAUCUGGUGCAAAACCUCAACAACAUCAUGGCGUUUCCUUUGGAAAAUGUGCUGAAGUCAGAACUCCGGGACAGCAGACUAGAGCUCAAGAAACAGAUGGAGAAGAGUUGGAAGGAGUAUGACAUAAAAAUAGGGAAGCUAGAGAAGGAGAGGAAGGAGAAGACCAGGCAGCUGGGUAUGAUCAGGACAGAGGGAUCAGACGGAGGGGAGGACAUGGAGAGAGAAAGAAGGACCUUUCAGCUGCAAAUGUGUGAGUAUCUUUUGAAGAUCCAGGAGCUGAAGGUGCGUCAGGGCCCUGAUCUUCUCCAGAGUCUCAUCAAAUAUUUCCAGGCCCAGCUCAGUUUCUUUCAGGAUGGGCUGAAAGCUGCAGAGAAUCUUGCUCCCUUCAUUGAGAAGCUUGCUGCUUCUGUUCACACGGUGCGUCUGGAUCAGGACGAGGAGGUAAAACAACUAACUCAGUUGAGGGAUUCUCUUAGAUUACUUCUGCAAGUGGAGGGGAGAGAGGAGUACCUGAACAGGAAGAACUCUGGCAACGGGUAUAGCAUCCACCAACCACAGGGCAACAAGAAGUAUGGGACAGAGAAAUCUGGCUUCCUGCUCAAGAAGAGUGAUGGGAUCAGGAAGGUUUGGCAGAAGAGGAAAUGUGGAGUGAAAUUUGGCUGCCUGACCAUUUCCCACAGUACGAUCAAUCGACCGCCAGCCAAGUUGAACCUACUAACCUGUCAGGUGCGACCCAACCCAGAGGACAGGAAGACCUUUGACCUGGUCACUCAUAAUCGGACAUACCAUUUCCAGGCAGAAGACGAGCAGGAAUGUAUGAUUUGGGUGUCAGUGCUGCAGAACAGUAAGGAGGAGGCCCUCAACACAGCGUUGGUAGGAGACCAGCUCCACCUCCAGGACAGCGGGCUCCAGGACCUCUCCCGAGCCAUCAUCGCCGAGCUUCGACACAUGCCUGGCAACGAGGCCUGCGCUGACUGUGGAGCACCAGAUCCAACAUGGCUAUCGACCAAUUUGGGCAUCCUGACCUGUAUAGAGUGCUCUGGCAUCCACAGAGAGCUGGGUGUCCACUACUCCAGGAUUCAGUCACUCACUCUGGACCUACUGAGCACCUCUGAGCUUUUGUUGGCUGUCAGUAUUGGCAACACCAGAUUCAAUGACAUCAUGGAGGCAGGCCUUCCAAAUGACUCUGUCAAACCAUUUCCAAAAAGUGACAUGAAUGCCAGAAAGGAGUACAUUGUGUCAAAGUACGCUGAGCGUCGGUAUGUCCUGCGAAGAGAAGAAGCAGACCCUGGCCGGCCGUAUGACGCUGUGAGGAGUCGUGACCUCAAUUCUCUCCUACAGCUCUACGCUGAGGGAGCGGACCUUUCCAAGCCGCUCAUGCUGCCUGAUGGACAGGGGAUCAAAGAGACCGCUCUCCAUCUUGCUGUGCGUCUGGAGGAGAGAUGCUCUCUGGCGCUGGUGGAUUUCCUCUGCCAGAACAGCAACUGUCUGGAGAAGAAAACAGCAGAAGGAAACACAGCUCUUCACUACAGUGUCCUGCACCACAAGCCAGAGUCUCUCAAAUUACUGCUCAAAGCAAAAGCAGCCCUACACACAGUGAACUCUGUAGGAGAGACGGCCCUUGAUAUUGCACGGAGGCUGCAGCAUGCGCAGUGUGUGGAGCUGUUGGAGCUGGCCCAGAGUGGGAAGUUCAACUCUCAGAUCCACGUGGAGUUCAUGUGGGAGACACAGUCUCAGGAGUUUUAUGACAGCGAGGAUGACCUGGAUGAGAGGGUGAGCCCAUUACCCAAAACUCGCUCUCCUCAGUCCUUAAAUGGAGGUGGUGGAAUUUCCUCUGCCCGCUGGAGUAUGGGUAAUGCUGGAAGCAGGCCUUGUCAGACCUAUGAGAAUCUAGACUUUCUAUACAGAAAUCCUCCAGCCAACAGCGCCCCCUCUGGAGCAUCAAUGCCGCCACCACUACCAGCUAAAUCCAUCCAGAGAGGUCGCUCGGACCCACAGAUUUCGGUCACAACACAGGAUGGCAACUCCCUUCCGCGACGCUGCUCUAACCCACCCUCCCACUCCUCCAGUCCCCAGACACAGGCGAGACAUAGGCCUCCUUCACCCAACACAGAAAACCAAGGCCAAGGUGCGAGACCACCUAGGUCUCCCCAUGGACAGGGAGCUCUGCCCAGGGGACAGAGGCAGACCUUGGAGGGCCAACCUACUGCUAGUUCUGGCUCUCAAAGCAGUAUCUCGCCAACAUCCUCUCAGAGUCACAUAGUGCCUGUCAGUUCAGAGAAGACCACAUCGUAUCGCCGGACCAGCAGUGGAGCAGGCAGCCAGGGGAAGUGUGGCGUGUUGUCUCCAAGCUGUGUGGGCAGCCAGGAGGAGCUGUACUGCAGCCUAGUGGGGAAUAGUCUGGGCCUUGCCCCAGCUCCUGCUGCAGCACCACUGCCAUCCUCACCUGCUGUGAGCUGUGUCCCACGACCCCGCAGGAAUGCUAUGGUUUCUGGCAGCAGGCCACAUCAGAAGCGUGUCAAGGCUUUAGUGGACUGCAGAGCAGUCAGUUCUGAGCAGCUUGCCUUUUUCAAAGAUGAGAUUAUUGUGGUCACGGCCACUAAUGACGCCCACUGGUGGGUUGGUCACAUAGAGGGGGAACCAUCCAGGAGUGGGUCCUUUCCUGUCAACUAUGUACACAAACUAACAGACUGAAGGGACAGCAUAACCGAAGAACUGAACCAGUAUAGGACGCUUAUUGGAAACGUACAUCAUCACACAGUGGAUUUUAUCUACAGGAGAGGACAGUGUUUUUCUCCUGGAUCUAACUCAAACUAGAGGCUUUGUACAAACUGAGAAUAUUUCCACAUGACAAUAUACUAGCCUAAAUAUACCCGUGGAUAAAAAAGGUACUGUUUUAGGGAUUUAUUACUUUUAACAUUUACUCAUUCUGGAAACCAACAGGGGAACUGAUGGUUUAUUUAGCCCCAUAAAACCUCUUAAACCAAGGACAAUGUUUUCCUCCCUGUUGGUCUAUUCUUGGUUUUUUUAACUGCAGUUGUCUAAAACCAUCAAUCACUAUUAAUAGGUAUGAAUGCAUUAGUGGUUGUGGUAGAAACUGCUCUAACUAUUAAUGACACAUUAUAUUGCAGAUGUUUAAGUUGUCUAUACUGAUCUAGGAUUUGGAACCAGAGACAGAACCUGACCUUCAGUGCAAAACCCUUUUAAGGCACUUUAAACUCAUUGAGAAUAAAUCUUCUGAAGAGUUGGCAGAGCUGUAAAUGUAAAUAGUUGAAGGGCUGUAAAUACCUAGCCAGCUGAUUUAUAUAGGGAUGUAGCUGCUUUUUGUUCUGAACGAAAACUGUUUAGUCUUUUAAAUCACAGUAUACUAAGAGUUGGACUUAAGGUUCAAACCUGCCCAAUGUGUGUUGCAUCCUGCCCUGGGACUCUAACAGUGGCUUGUGCCUGCCAGUCUGUCUCCAACAAAUGGCAGGCGUCAGGCAGAGAUCUGAAACUUUAGCUCAGCCUGGGCAAAGCUUUCUGGCUGCGAGGAGAGUGGAGGAUCCAGUUUCUUCUGGCUCCAGGCAUAUGUCUCUGGAGAACCUGGGAUAACGACAGUGUGUUAUAAAAAAAAAAGAAAAGACUCUCUGUUCUACCAGGAAAUGGCACUUAAAAAGAGCUUGUUAGUAACAGCACCCCACUGCAGUAAUUUGUUCAGUGAACACACACACUGUGGACACGUGUACAUCACACAAGAUAUACACAAGCACACUUGCACUUACUGUACACACAGAGUAGCUUUCAAGAUUUAGGAACCUUAGAACGGAGAGUUUUGAGAGGUGGAACUGUUCCACUUUUGUAAAAGUAACAAAUACACAAAUGUAACACAUUUCACAGAUAUUGUACACAAUUUGUUGUACAUACUUGUCUAGCUGAUGUACAGUGUAUAUAUAACCUGUUUUCUCAUUUGUUCUGCAUUAUAAAGAAAUGUAUCAUUA